UGCAACAAGGCUUUUUUUUAUUAGUAUGACCUGAUCCCACUCUACCAUGAGUUUUGACAACAUAAGUUUACUUUUCCCGCCAAUUUUGUGAAACAAGCACGUGAGCUCCGUUCCAAACUUUCAAUUACAAAUAUUUCUUAAAAUACAACUUAUUUGUUUAAACAAAACUGCACAAUUGAAAAGGUAUUUAUGUUUAUAAUGCAUGUGCAGCCGAGUUUUUAUGUUAUGGUUUAUGUGUUACGUGAAAAUAGUGAGUAUCGUUGUGUUGCAGAUAUACAUCAAACUGCUUUUCAGAGAUAAUUUGUGCAGUCUCAGUUUUGAUGUAUAUAUGCAACAUUUAUUUGUUUGUGAUUAUUAUUAUGUUAUGUUUUAUGUGUUUUUAUAUACAAUUAUUUGGUAUUUAUUGUCUUUGUCGUCUGUGUUAUAUGUUCAUCUAUGGAACCAAAGUUAUGUUAUGUUUCAAAUGGUAUAUACUAUUGUAUUACAUAGGAAUAAUGUCAGAAAAAGGAUUAACGCCUUCGCAAAUAGAAAGUUUUUUUAAUAGCGUGGAUAGCGAGGAUGAUCUCGACUUUUCUGCUGAUGACGAAAGCGAUUACUAUCCCAAUAAAGAAGAUUUUGAGACCUCAGAUGACGAAGUUUUGGAAAAUCAAGUUGAACUCCCUACCGACUUGAAUGUUCCAAGCAAGGAUGUCAACGAUGUUGCGAAUUCUAGCAAAAAGGACCUAAGAAGGAAUUUGCUAUGGAGACAACGCAGUUUGAUUUUGAAUGAGAACCAACUUCAGCUGCUCACGAGCACUGCGUUACCUCCGGAACUAAUGGAGCUGUCCCAGCCUAUAAAAUUUUUUUCGUAUCUAUUUCCUAAAAAAGUUUUUGAGAAUAUUUCGAAUGAAACUAACCUUUACAUUCAUCAAAAAGAGCCAAACGCAAAUAUUACUUUUACUCCUUUGGAUAUUCAACAGUUUGUUGGAAUUGUGUUGUAUAUGUCCAUUUCACGACUUCCAAAAUGUGCCCUUUACUGGUCUGCAAGUAUUGGAAUACCGACAAUUCAAAACAUUAUGUCACAAAAAACAUUUGAAACAAUCAGACGUCACAUUCAUUUCAACAACAAUGAUAAUAAUCUGCCUUUGACUGAUUCCCGUCAUGAUCGGCUUUUCAAAAUACGACCACUUAUUCAGGAAAUUAAUAAUAAUUUUGGAAAAGUACCUAAGGAACAGUUUUUGUGUGUCGACGAACAGAUUUGUUCAACAAAAGCAAGAUCACAUAUGAAACGGUACAAUCCUAACAAGCCUCAUAAAUGGGGAUAUAAAAUAUAUGUUUUAAGAGCCAGAUCUAGGAGCAGCAUCAAAUUGUGUUGUAAGAUUGGCCAGAGAAGUCCCCAGGCAUCAGAAUUUUCGCCUAUAUUUUGACAAUUAUUUUAAUUCAUUACCUCUUUUAAACAAGGCCAAAAAGGAAUAUAUACAAAUUGACCGUCCUUUCGCUGUAGCACAAUACAACAGUUAUAUGGGAGGCGUUGAUCUGAUCGACAGUAUAAUCGGAAGAUAUAAAAUUUUAUUGAGAAGCAAACGUUGGCAAGUCAGAAUCUUUUAUCAUUUACUGGACCUUACAAUCAGCAACGCUUGGUUGUUGUAUAAACUUGUUAUGAAGGCAAAUGGAUAUCCUGGAAAAGUUUUAAGUUCAUCAGACUUUCGGCUUGAUAUCGCAGAAGUGCUAACAAAAGUUAACACUAAAUCAAAAUUGGGUAAACGAAGUUCCGUCAUUGAAAAUGAAUUGCAGCUAAAGAAGCAGAGAGGUCCAACUCAGCAUGUACCAAACCAAAUGGUACGACAGGAUCAGGUUGGACAUUGGCCAAUUUGGGCAGACAAAAGAAUAAGAUGCAAGUUUCCAAACUGUGCAGGAUAUUCUCAAGUCAUGUGCAACAAAUGUGGAGUAGCUUUAUGCUUCAAUAAAAGAAAUAAUUGUUUCACCAAUUUUCACUUAAAUUAAACAGUAAUUUAAGCGCCUUAUAGCAAAUAUUAUAAUAAAAUUUACGUUUUAUCUAUGUAAACUGAGCACUGAAACUAUUAAAUAUAUUAUGAAUUCAAAUAUUUUGUUUAAUGCACUAAAAACAUUACAAAUAUAUUCAUUUAUGUUAAAUAAAUUUUUGGAUUAUAUUAAGUUUAAUUUUGAACCCAAGCAUAUUUGAUGUAUUUAUGCAACAUAUCCUUUAUCCUUAAUAAAAGUGUAAAAAAUCAAAAAUCGGGAAAACGAAAAAAAAGUGUAU